AUGGACCAACGCAUGGUUGAGGCCGAGACUAUCUCAUUUGCCUUGCUGUCCGCCCCUGAGAGGAUCUUCGCUCCACUAAGCGACCAAGCCAAACAGAAUGUCACGAACUGGCUUAGUACCCUCAAUGGGAUGGAGAUGCCCAAGAAUAACUGGCGUUGGUUCCGAGUCUUUGGUAACCUAGCGCUCAGCAAAGUCUGUGGUGUUCCAUUCGAGGACGUCCGAGACGAGUUGAACUCGGACCUAGAGCUUUUGGAUACCUUCUAUCGCAUGGAUGGAUGGUCAGCCGAUGGACCUUGGCAGACCGCCGAACAGGCCCGCGAUGAGCUUGAGCAAUUCGGAAAGACGGGGAGACGUGAUGCCAUUGGAAUUGGGCGCCAGGCAGACUACUACUCUGGCAGUUUUGCCAUCCAGUUCAGCCAACUGCUUUAUUCACGUUUUGCUGCAGAUCUAGACCCUAAGCGAAGUGCGGUCUAUCGCCAGCGUGCUAGAGACUUUGGGGCUACUUUUUGGAGAUAUUUCGACGCUGAUGAUUUGCCUGCGGUGGCUACUUCGCAGCCGUGGCUCUGGCCCAAGUAG